GCUAUUGAAGCAUAGCCCCGAGUAAGAUCUGUUUGCAGUCAGCAGUACAACUCCGUAGAGCCGCAGAACCGAGGUGUGAGACCCACAGUUUAAGGCCAGUACCUUUCGAGUCAUGCAAUACCGCUCUUUUGGGCAGUAGUUAAAUUGAUCUCAGCGACACUGAAUAUAACUCCAAUAAUACGUCGUUGCGGCCAUUUAAUCGUUUCCAGUGAACGUUGAUAUACAACUACAAUAAAGCAAUGCAAGUAGGCCUAUUACAAACAUCUCUGAAUCUUUUAGUGGUGUUUGCCUAGGCCUGUGCGUUUGCUUUAUUGAGCUACACGGAUCCAUGACACCAAUAUACAGUAUUAAUUUCCAACGCAUGCAGACACUAGGACAUUUAACUAGUAGCUAGUGAAAGGUAAACUUCGCAUUCUAGUCACCUUAUGUCAAAUGCAGCUCCUAACGGUCAGCUGGCCAUGCCUCUGGGCACAAAAAAGUCAUAGGCUACUCGGUAACUGGGAAAUAAAUAUUUUGGCACAGACCGAGCCAUAACCUGAACAAUUCCAGCCAAUCAACAUGCUUUUACAUCUAUUUACGUGCUUUUACACCAAGAAGAUUUCAAAUUACCAAAUUGGUAUUUCCUAUUUGGGAUUUGAGGGUGGAACCCCUGGCUGAUUUCACAUGGAAUGUCUUAACAGGAUGCUGUAAAAUUUAAAAGCCACUAGAUUCAAGUUGCAAUCAUGCAUUCAUUAUACUCCAGAGAUACAUAGCAGAAAAUAUAUUGUGAGUAUUUGACACCCAGGUUAUAGAGAUGGUGACUCCUUCUGGCUCAUGCAUUAUGAUCCACAACCCUUCGCCAGAAUCGAAGACUAUCUUUAAAACAAUGUACUGCACAUGAUGCGUUCAAUGCCACUGAUCUGAAAAUGGUCUGGCCGCUCUGCAGUAACACUUCUCAGCAUAGCUGCAAACUAAUGUUAUUUUGGAAGGCGACCACCCCUUUAACAACGAGCGAAGUAGAACCACAUUAUGACUUCUCAGGAAUAGUAAACUAAACAGAGCUGCAGACCUAGCUGCUAGAUUUAGAUGGUGCGUUCAGACUGCAACUAUCUAUCACACCAAACAAUUUUAGUGAUACAGUCUGUCCCUGUUAGGCCAUCUACUCUAAAUGGAAAAAAGAAAGAUGGAAUAAAAUAAAGGCAAGGUGGCCAGCAGCAGUAGCUGUCAUCAGCAGCAGCAGCAUUCCUUUAAAAAUGUAUUUCUUGGAUAUGAGACCUAAAUACUUCGGAGAAAUUAAGGGCUUAUGCUUAUCACUUACAUGGGGUGGGAUAGAUAUAUCUAACAUGGGUAUGCUACUGCAUCACACACAGCAGUAGCCACGUGUCUAACCCUCCCUUGUUGCCCAUCGCUGUAGACACUCCCUUCCAUCCUCGGACGAUAGAGCCACAGCGGCAGUCCUCCAUCCCAAUCAAAACCUUGCCAUGCCGUGAUUUUAUUUUCGGUUUAUCGGUAGAUACAUCCGUCCGUCAUUGAGACUGAAAAAAACGACGACGGGGAAAGAUGCUGGUUUAGCAUAAACGCAACAUCGAGGAGCAUCUCUGGGCAUACAGAGAAUAGUGGUGGUGGUCCAUGAAGCUUGGCUGCAAGAAAAAAAGGAAAGGUUCCCCAGCACCAUGAAAGUUGGACUUUUCCUGUUUCUUUGUCCAAUCCUGCAUGUCAUGAAAGGUGUACUGGCCACCCAGUGUUGGCAAGUGGCCACCUUCUCCGAGUCCAUCAUCUCCCCUGACCUACAGGCCAUCAGCAUCCUGCGUGUACCCGAGGUCACGUCUCUGGCCCAGUGCGCAGGGGCCUGCUGUGACACGCCAGGCUGCGACCUGGCCUGGCUGUUCGAGCGCCACUGCUACGUGCUGAGGUGCUGGCGCAAGGACAACUGCCAGCCCAAGCAGCGGCGGGGCACGGACUCCUCCCUGAUCUUCCUGCAGCGUGGCCCUCCGCAGACCCUGGUGCUGCAGUCGCUGGUGCGCGGUGAGCCCUUCCCUGGGCGCUGGCCCCAGAUGGCCCGCCACCGUGGCCUGCAGGACCAGGCGAUGCUGCAGGGUGAGCAGGACUUUGACGGCCCAGAGCAGGAGUACCCGGAGAGCUAUAGGGGGGCGGAUGGGGAGGAGGAGGGCAGAGACGGGGAUGUGGACAGCUUAAAGGGAGGGCUGGCUGGGCUUCUAGACUGGCCGGACGUCCAGGGCUCGAGAGAGGCCCUGAACCUGUCAGAUGUUGAGGAUGGUAAGGAGAAACAGCAUGCUGCACUGGAUCCUCCUGGAAACAGCAGCCAAGUCCAGCCCAGCUCCUCCCAAGCAACGAGGAAUGAAAGUGGGCCAUCUCCUAGUGACACAGGGCCCACCCUGAGGCCCUCUGUGUCUGCUCCAGCAGUCCUGAAUGUUGUUGAACAUCUACCCAACAUUUCCUCCACCAACACAGAACCAACUGCCUUGUCGCAGAACUUCAGCGCAGAUUUUGUCCAGCUGAGUCAAACAAGGACAUCUGCUCCUACUCAGAAUCUGCUAACGGCACCCAGCACUACACCUCAGACUGUGCCUGUGGAGCCAGUAAGAGUUCUGCUAGUGACUAUUGAAGGUCCUGCUGAGAUUACACUCCCUGUCAACACUGUGGAACUGACAGCUUUGGUCUCACCAGCACCUCAACCAGAGAGCUCUUACACAUACAGAUGGAGGUUGGUCAACUCACCUGAAGACCACAGAGAAAUAAUCGAAGGGGAAAACAGCAAGUCUGUUGAAAUCAUUGGGCUCUCCACAGGCCUGUACGCAGUGAAGGUGACUGUGAGUGGAGAGCGCUUCUCCGGGGAGAGUGUUAUCAACAUUACAGUGCACACAGAUGGGAUGAAUAACUCUCCCAAAGCCAUCAUCUACCCGCCAACGCAGGACCUGACCUUCCCAGUUCAUCUGGUUAUCAUCAAUGGCAGUGAGAGCAUGGACGAUGACGAUGACAUCGUCAGCUAUCGCUGGGAUCAGGUGGCUGGCCCCUCGCUGGGCAACCAGAGCUCUGCAGAGACGUCCGUUCUCCAUCUGCACGACCUGGAGCCUGGAGAGUACUCCUUCAAGCUGACAGUGACAGACGCUCAGGGAUCGGCUGACAGCGCAACUGCCUUGGUGAGCGUGGCCAAGCAGAGACAGGACGGUCCCCCGGUGGCCAAUGCAGGCCCUGAUGAGUUCAUCACGCUGCCACUGGACCACCUGGUCCUCAGGGGGAACCAGAGCAGCGAUGACCAGGGUGUCAACAGCUACCUGUGGACCCUCCACCCCAGCACCCAGAAUAAAGUGGUCACCAUGCAGGGAGUGCGAGAGCCCUUCCUCCAGCUCUCUGGGCUUCAGGAGGGGCAGUACAGCUUCCAGCUGACCGUGACAGACUCCGCCGGACAGGAGGACUCCAACACUGUCACUGUCAGUGUACUACCCGAGAACUCUGCACCAGUGGCUGUGGUAGGCCCAGACAGGCAGCUGAUCCUCCCUGUCAACAGCAUCACUCUGGAUGGCAGCAGCAGCACAGAUGACCGUGGCAUCAUCAGCUUUCACUGGGACACUAUCAGUGGUCCACCGGGGGCAAAAAUCCAGGAUGCCAACAAGGCAGUAACCACUGCGACUGGCCUUAGGGCAGGAAAUCACAAGUUCCUGCUAACUGUGAAAGACCUGCAGGGGGCAGCAGGCACCGCUUCCUUCACCGUCACUGUCAAAGAAGCCAGAAGUCUGCCUCUAGUGGCCCACGCCAGUGGCAGUCACACACUGACCCUGCCCAAAAACUCCCUGGUCCUCUGGGGCUCUGUGUCCAAUGCCGGCCCAGCAAACGUCACAUUCCUGUGGAUUAGAGAUGAGCAGAGCCCAGCCGCUGGGGAUAUCCUGUAUGGUUCAGAGCGGAUGGCCUCGCUGUACCUGGCCAACCUGGUGGAGGGCACCUACCUUUUCCAGCUGCGUGUGAGCGAUGCUCUGGGGCGAUCAGGCUCAGCCACUGCCACUGUGGAAGUGCGUCCUGACCCACGUGAGAGGGAGGAGGUGGAGCUUGAACUGCAGGUGGGCGUGGCCCAGGUGAGCCAGCAGCAGAAGAACACGGUGCUCAGACAGCUGGCAGCUCUGCUUCAUGUGCUGGAUGCUGACAUCGCCCUCAAAGGCCUGCACGGCCAAUCAGACAUCAGCACAGUGAUGAGGUUCUCAGUACAAGGACUGGAUGGAACAAUCCCGGGACCUCGGCUUGCCAAGUUACUGAGGAGUCAGUUACUGAGAGAGAAGACAGAGUUCUUGCUCUUCAAAGUUCUCAGAGUCGACACUGUCAUGUGCCUGCUACACUGUUCUGGGCGAGGUCAGUGUGACCCUGUCACUAAGAGCUGCGCCUGCGACCCCCUCUGGAUGGAGAACCCCUUCCAGCGCCUCCUGGAGGAUGGAGAGAGCAAUUGUGAAUGGAAUGUGCUCUAUGUCGUCCUUACUGUGUUUCUGGGCAGUGUCCUCAUCCUCUCGGUCAGCUGGACUUGCUUCUGCUGCUGUAAAAGGAGCAGACGCACUAAAGUGAGGAAGAAAACUAAGUACACCAUUCUAGACAACAUGGAUGAACAGGAGAGGAUGGAGCUGAGACCAAAAUACCACAUCAAACACAGGAGCACAGAGCACAACUCCAGCCUGAUGAUGUCUGAGUCGGAGUUCGACAGUGAGCAGGACACCAUCUUCAGCCACGAGAGGUCCGACCGGCCCAGGAACCGAUCCAAUGGCUCCGCUAGGAACGGAGACGCGUUCAGCUUUCGCCCCGUGGAUGGCUGAGAUUCAGCCAGCGGCUUGUCACCCCUUCCCCCCACCCCAACGCACAACGAACUGGAAAACACCACUGGGGCCUCUUCAGGCUACCCAGGAGGAAGGUUCUCAGAGAGCCUGUGAAUGUAUGGACUUCACCUGUUGAAGACGUCUAAACGGACAGACUGGUGAAUGUAAAUAAGGUUGCCCAUAUGAUAUUGACGGCUAACUUGAUAUGCUUCAAAGUCUGUCUCUUGUGAACUGCAUAUUUACUUCUUGAUUCGAGGGCUGAGAUGUUUCUUUUCGAUCAUGGUUUAUUUGAUUUGUCCCAUGUGCAGUGAGCUGUUCAUAAUGCAAACCAGAUUAGAAAUGUAAUUGUCUCUCAUAGAAAAUUCUAUGAAAAUGUCAAUUUUUUUUAGCACUUUAAAAACCAAAUCCUGUGAAUUAACACUUGCAGCUGUUUUGAACCCUUUAUAACUGUACCUCUAAUGUUUUGUCUAUCUGUAUUGGGCAAGAGUUGUGCUGCAAACACUAGCCAUGUAACUUGGUGAACACAAAAUAAUUCAGGUUGAAAUAUUGUGUACUGCUGGAAAAGUAAGAGUAAGAAGGUCUGUGCAAUGCCACAAGAUUCAGCAUGAGUCUACCCGGGAACAUGAAACUACAUUAAACAAAAAAACAUGCUGACCAAAGGCAGCGAGGCAAAGGGAAAGGGAAAACAUAAUUGUGUCCUAUUUUAGUAAUACCCAAGUAUGCCUGUGUUUAUGCACAGUCUUAAGUUCCAUACAUUUUUAAUUUUGAGUCCCAAAUAAAAGCUACAACUGCGGUUCUUGUCAAUUAUUUCCGAAAAGCAUUCAAAUAAACAGUCUUUUAGCAA